AUGGCUAAGAUCGCAUCCAUCACGAGCGCUGAAGACUUCCUCUCUUUCGUCAACGCCUCGCCCACCCCCUUCCAUGCUGUCAAAUCAGCCAGAGAGCGCCUCGAGAAGGCCGGCUUUAAGCAGAUCAAGGAACGGGAUUCGUGGUCCUCUACACUUCAACCCGGCGGGAAAUACUUCCUCACCCGCAACGGCUCCUCCAUUGUCGCUUUCGCCAUUGGCAAGAAAUGGAAGCCAGGCAAUCCCGUCGCCAUGAUUGGUGCUCAUACCGAUUCGCCCUGCCUCCGCAUCAAGCCCGUAUCGAAGCGCCAGAACGACGGAUUCCUCCAGGUCGCCGUAGAAACAUAUGGUGGUGGUCUCUGGCACACAUGGUUUGACAGAGACCUGUCCAUCGCCGGUCGUGUCAUGGUCAGGACGAUGAGCGGCACCAUUGAGCCACGUUUGGUGAAGGUGGAGAGACCCAUUCUGAGAAUACCGACCCUUGCGAUCCACCUUAACCGUCAAGAGAAAUUCGAGUUCAACAAGGAGACGCAGUUGUUCCCGAUUGCCGGGUUGGCUGCCGCUGAAUUGAACCGGCAAGGGAAGACCGAUGAGUCCAAGGAGGAGGAGAAGAAAUCCGAGGGCCCCUUCGAGCCAUUGGCGACACCUCUGCAGCGGCACCACCCAUAUAUCGUCGACAUCAUCGCUGAGGAAGCGGGUGUAGAAGCGACCGAAGUGGUCGACUUUGAACUUCUUCUAUACGAUACGCAGAAAUCGGUUAUUGGUGGGCUGAACAAUGAGCUCAUCUUCUCCCCUCGCUUGGACAACCUCAUGAUGUCUUAUUGCAGCGUGGAGGGCCUCAUAAACAGUUUGGCGUCACCGACAGCAUUGGACAAGGACUCGACGAUUCGGCUCAUUGCGCUAUUCGAUCAUGAGGAGAUCGGGAGUCAAACCGCACAGGGAGCGGACUCAAAUCUUCUCCCUGCUGUUUUACGUCGGAUCUCUGUGCUGCCUGCCUCUGAGACUAAUUCGGAGAGGUCCUAUGACAAGCUCGAGGACACUGCAACCGCUUACGAACAGACGCUCUCCACCUCCUUCCUCAUAUCUGCCGACAUGGCGCACUCAGUGCAUCCGAACUAUCCCGCGUCUUACGAGGCUCAGCAUCGGCCAGAGAUGAACAAAGGAACAGUGAUCAAAGUCAACGCCAACGCGCGGUAUGCCACAAACUCUCCGGGCAUAGUUCUGCUGCAAGAGGCGGCCCGCAGGGCGAAGAAGGCUUCUUACGGCCCAUCUGCAGCUGCGCAUACCGAAGGUGUCCCUCUUCAGGUAUUUGUCGUCCGCAAUGACUCGUCAUGCGGGAGCACCAUUGGACCAAUGCUCUCAGCGGCUCUGGGAGCUAGAACGCUUGAUCUGGGCAAUCCGCAGCUCAGCAUGCACAGUAUCCGGGAGACGGGAGGGGCGCACGAUGUCGAGCACGCGGUGAAUCUGUUUGAGAGUUUCUUCGUCAACUACGAGGAGCUGGAGAAGAAGAUUGUCGUGGAUUGA